AUGCCUCGCGGACGUGACGAGUGUUGGCACGAGGUCAACCGCAAUCUCGAUGAAGAUUCCGGCAAACGGCAUCCGCGUGUGACGUGCAAACAUUGCAUGACCGAGUGGACUUCGAAUGAAAAGGCACGCGUGAUUGAGCAUCUCCAGCGGUGUAGUGAGCUGCCGGAGACAUUAUGGCGGACCUAUCAGCCUCACCGUCUCGAUCCCACCCUUCCUUCCGCCGCCGAACUUCAACAGCAACAGCGAGCUCGUACCAGGGGCAUUGGCUCCAUGUCGGCUGGUGAACAGGACAUGGCCACGGCUGCUUGUGCACAAUGGAUCAACGCUUCCGGAUUGAACCCCAACAUCACAGAACAUCCCGCGUUUCGAGCUUUUGUGCGAACCCUCCGUCCAGCAUUCAAGCCGCCAACUCGCCAUCAACUCACUCACGCUUUGCUCGAUGCACCUCUCAUGCUCAUCGCCUACUUCGCGGACCCUCAAGAACAACACCGUCGACCCGCAAUCCUCGACAGCAAUGAAGAGACGCAAUCCCGCUCCCUUCAAGCCUUCCUCCUCAAGUACUGCGACGGCCACGCCGCCAAAGCAGCUUCCCUUCUCGGAAUGAUCUCCCUCUUGCGAGUCAAACAAGGACCAUUCAUGAACAACAUGAUCUGGAUGGCCGCCGACCAAAUGACAGCCAUUCAAUGGUGGCAAAACUUCUGGAUCGAAGAACAGCCCGACUUGACCGAACUCUGCAUCAUUGCCCUUGCAAUCUCCCCAACAGGAGAUACGCUCGAGAGGAAUUGGUCCCCGCACAGCUUCGUCCACGCCCUGARGAGAAAUCAACUCGCCCCGGAAGUCAUCAACCGGUUGGUGAGCACUUUUUGGGGUUUGAGGAUCAAGCAUGGUUGGGUGGAUGAUUCAUCCGUGAAUGGAGGCAUGGAUCCCUCGGACCAGGAUGCCGAAUUCACUCCGGAUUUGGAUCGAGUGCAAUCAUUCUUGGGCACAAACGCUACUAUGCUCACUCAGUAUAGCACAGAUGUCAUGAGGCCGUGA